AUGAGUUCAACGAAUCAUUCAACUGAUGAACAAAUACGUUUUCUUAUUUUAAAUGAAGCCGAAGAUAAAAAAAAUCGAAAUGGUCAAGGUUAUUUUCAUGUUGAAUCAUAUUUAGUUUGGCCAGAUGGAAAUGGUCAAGUAUUAGAACAAGAAUAUAUAACAUGUCAAUCAGUUUUAUCCAAAUCAUUAGGUCCUUUAUCAGAAUGGUUAUCGCGUAUUGAAGUUAGAUAUCAUUCUGGAACAUUUGAAGAAUUAAAAAUUAUAAUUGAUCAAAUGGCUAAACAAUGGAAAAUAUUUUCAAUAACUGAUCUUGUUUAUAAUCAUGUUGCAAAUGAUUGUCAAUUACUUAAAGAACAUCCUGAAUGUACUUAUAAUUUAAUAAAUUCUCCACAUUUAAAACCAGCUGUACUUCUUGAUUCAAUAUUAAUACAAUUUACUUAAAAGAAAACGAAAAGAAAUGCAUUAUCUUAUUGGACAUUAUUAUUAUAA